CCCCCUCCCCCCCCCUUCCCCCCCCCUUAUAAAUAGCGCGCCCCCCGCGCGCGCCCCCUCAGACCCUCCGCGCCCCCCGCGCCGUGAGGAGCCGCCGCCGCCGCCAUUAUGGGGAGGAAGUCGAGCCGGGCCAAGGAGAAGAAGCAGCGGCGGCUGGAGGAGCGCGCGGCCAUGGCAGCCGUCUGUGCCAAGGUGGAGGCUGCCAACAAACUCCGGGAUCCCCUCGAGGCCUUCCCGGUGUUCAAAAAGUACGACAGGAACGGGCUGAACGUGUCCAUCGAGUGUCGCCGCGUGUCCGGCCUGGAGCCCUCCACCCUGGACUGGGCCUUUGAGCUGACCAAGGCCAACAUGCAGAGCCUGUGAGUGCCCCCCCUCCACACCUGAGGCAUUUUCCCACCCCAAAUCCCCAGGUGUGGAUUUUCC